UGUAUAUAAAGCGCGGCAGCGCCGGGGCUCCGGCAGUCCGCGGCGGCAGCGGGGCCGGAGCAGGCGGGCGCGGGUGAGGACGAGGUGAGCGCGAGCUGGGAACAUGCCUCUGUCACAAAGCAACCUCCGGCAGACCCCCUGCAGCAGGAAGAUCUGCAGAAACCUCUUUGGCCCAGUGGAUCAUGAGCAGCUCCAGAGUGACUUUCAGGACUCGAUGAGGAAAAACCUGGAAGAAGCCCAGCACAAGUGGAAUUUUGACUUUGAAACUGAAACGCCACUGGAAGGUGCCUUUGAGUGGGAGAGGGUCCUGUUCCCAGACAUGUCUUCCGAGUACCUCUGCAGCCACUCCAAAGUUUCUGGAGAGAAGAGUUGGAGCACUUCCACCCUCAAGAUUCCCACAAAAGAUCUCCUUAAUCGGCCCUUCUCGGGUGAAACCAUACAACAGGGCUCUGAGGCCAAUCGGGCCAGCUCUCCAAGGCGCCUGAAACGCAGACAGACCACCAUUAAAGAUUUCUACAGUUCAAAGCGGAAGAUCUCAUCCAGCAAGCCAAAUCCCUGAGCUCAGAAUAAACGCUGCUGUCUGUGCCUUUUGUCUUGGGCACCAUCACUGGGAUCUGUUUUUCUUCCCCCAACUAACAUUUAAUGGAGCUAUGUUGCUCUCUGAAAAGCCUCCUCUGUGAAAGAACAUGGAGUUGCCUUUCAGGUUGGACUGAAUCUGUGGGGACUUUCCUGAAGCUGCCUGUGGGCCUUGGCUUCCAUCCUCUCUCUGUAUUGUAUAAGCUGCUUCCUUGAUCUGUGUGUUUUUUAAGUGGUAUAGUGUUUAUAGUGCCCUAUUUAUGAUUUAGUUCUGGGUACCUAGUGACCCACCCAUGUGCAAUGUGUAUUGUAACUAGACUUGGACUAUGCUUGGUUAAGUUCUUGGGACUGUGGAAAAGAGGGGAUGACAGAGGCUGAAACAUGGGUCCCGGAGGCUGGUGUGAUGCUAUAAGGAGUGCGGCAAAGGGUACAAGGGACAGACGAAAGUACUCCCACCUAGAACAUGUCUCUCAAGCCUCACUGCUAUGGAGCAGCUUCACAUGCAUUGAACUUGCACUGGAAGGAGAGAGCCAUACAUGCCCCGUGUCUGCCUUGGUGGCAGUGUGUCACUCCAGUGGAAGUUACCACUCUUAGAAGGAAAAGAACAGUCUGUUGAGGAGGAAGGAGAUGCCAUGGGCUAUGCAGCAAACACCCCUGCUGCACUGACUUGCUGAUCGGAAUCAGUUUGGGGUGGAGCAUCAUGGGGAAGUGUCUCCUAGCAUCUCCCCUGUAACUCAGGUCGGGUGCUGUUCCUCAUUCAGACUACUUCCACACCGAACUGAACUUAACAAGAGAAUUAUCAUGUAGCUGUACAGUGUGUCUUGUUUCUGUAUUAGUGGCAAGUGUUUUGUGAGUUGUGCAGGAAGCCUGGACAGGGGUGGAGGAGUCCACUUGGCAGGCAGCACCAAGAAUGCUGGUCCAUCUUGUAUUUAACAGGCUAAUGUACUGCUCUGGUCUUUCCACACUUGUAUGAGAUCAGAAUGGGCCCUGAAGUCUUGCUUUUCAUAAUCCCCCCCCCCCCCUCCCCCACCACACUAAUGCUACAUCUAACUGGCUUCUAGCACAGGCUGACCCAGAACAUGCUGUACAGAGGAUAUAGUUUCCCAGUAGCUAGGCUGGACUUCCAUAAUAGAAGCAGAGCAACUCCUCCUGUGGGAAGCAGGGUGAUGUUGUGGCUUGCUGUACCACAACCACUUGGCUUCAGCUGGUUUAACUGGAACCGGAAAAAAAAAUCCAGUUUAUGCUACUGGGUAUCUUCAGGUGUUGGGCAGGACCAUCUGUGCAUGAAGGAGGAGCAUAUGCUCUUGUUGGAGAUUUGGUCUGAAGCCUUAUCAGAAAUCCUGAGACACUUUAUCUCAUCCUACUGACCUUGGAUUGCUGAACAUAGGCAGAACAAGCCCCUGCCUCGGAUGGGCUCAGUCUUGUCCCCUUCUCAUCUUAAUGCACUUUGGCGUCAGAGUAAUGCUGGCAAACUCUUAGCACUAAUAAGAUCUUAUUUACCAAUAAAUUGCAAAAUCAAAUAGAAAAAAUAGUUUAAAAUAUAACUUAUGAAUUAAAAACAUCUUGGUGUAUAACU